ACAAAACAGAUAAGGACAGCACAUACACUAUUAGAUUUCUCGUUCACACCUGGAAACCAUUCCUGUUAAGCAGAACAUUCAUCUCCCUGCUUAGUCAGUCCUUUCUUUCACAUGCUGCUGUGAACCGCGCAUCCAGGAGCUGAAGCUGUGGCAAGGUUUGCAACAAUGGUAAAGGAAGAUGUAAAUAAUAGUGAAGAUUCUGAGCCAUCAGUAUGUGAGCGAAAUGGCAUGAUUCUUAUGCAUGAGCAAAGUGAGCAGGGACCAACAGCAGAUGCCAAAGGUACCGAUGGGAAUACACAAACAGAAGAAACUGCUCUCUUGAACCACUGUGCUCAGCAACCUUCAGAACCAAUAGCAGGGUCUUCAAGAACAUGGAGGCAAAUAUUUGCUUGUCCUCCUCAGGGUUUACUCGCCCAAACAGUGACAAAUGUUGCAGUUGUGGUCCUGGUUUGGGCUGUGGUUUGGUCCAUAACUGGGGUUGAGUGUCUCCCAGGUGGAAAUCUGUUUGGAAUUCUAUUUCUUUAUUUUUUUGCUGUCAUUGGAGGUAAAAUUUUUGGAUUCAUCAAAAUACGAACCCUACCCCCUCUCCCUGCUCUUCUGGGGAUGCUACUUGCUGGUUUCCUAAUCCGAAAUACUCCGUUCAUUAGUGACUUUGUCCAGAUAAACCUACGCUGGUCUGCAGCACUGAGGAAUAUUGCUCUUUCAGUUAUCUUGACCCGAGCAGGACUUGGCCUGGAUCCAAAGGCUCUUAAGAAGCUCAAAGCUGUCUGUUUACGGCUUGCUUUUGGACCAUGCCUCUCAGAAACAUGCACAGCUGCUGUUCUUGCCUACUUUCUCCUGCAUUUGCCAUGGCAGUGGGGAUUUAUAUUAGGUUUUGUUGUAGGUGCAGUCUCCCCUGCUGUGGUGGUUCCCUCAAUGCUGAUUUUACAAGCUGGGGGAUAUGGAGUGGAGAAAGGUGUCCCAACUUUGCUAAUGGCAGCUGGCAGCAUUGAUGACAUUCUGGCUAUCACAGGCUUCAACACUUGCCUUGGAAUGGCUUUCUCCUCUGAUUCUACUCUGUACAAUGUGCUCCGUGGAGUGCUGGAAGUUGCUGUUGGCAUAGCAGCUGGGGGGAUUCUGGGAAUGUUUAUUCGAUAUUUCCCAAGCCAUGAUCAGGCAUCUCUGGCAUGGAAGAGAUCAUAUUUUGCCCUUGGAUUGUCCAUUUUUGCUGUUUUUGGCAGCAUCUACUUUGGCUUCCCUGGAUCAGGAGGACUCUGCACAUUAGUCUUAGCCUUUGUUGCAGGUGUGGGAUGGUCUGAUGAAAAGAGGGACGUAGAAAAAAUUGUGGCAGUUGCAUGGAAUAUCUUCCAACCUUUUCUUUUUGGUUUAAUUGGAGAAGUAUCUGUUACAUCCCUUAGGCCUGAAACAGUUGGGCUCUGUGUUGCUAUAUUAGGCAUUGCCCUAGUUGUGCGAAUCAUAGCAACGUUCCUCAUGGUGUCUUUCACUGGGUUUAAUUUCAAGGAGAAAGUAUUUGUCUCACUGGCAUGGAUGCCCAAAGCCACUGUCCAGGCUGCAAUAGGUUCUCUUGCCCUGGAUACAGCGAGAAGACGUCAAGAUGAGCAACUGGAAAAGUAUGGAAUGGAUGUACUGACAGUAGCUUUCUUGGCUAUCUUGAUUACUGCUCCAAUUGGAGCCCUGGUUAUUGGCUUGGCAGGGCCCAGACUUUUGCAGAAGGCUCAGACAAAUAGCAAAGAGGAUGAGGAAGGUGCUGAGGCUGGAGAAGAAGCAGAGGCCUGUGAACCUUCGUGAGACAGACAUCUACUGGAAUAUGGUCCUUCAACCCUUACACAUUUGUUGAGUAAACAUGGCAUGUCUCUAAUCUCACUGGAGGAAACUAAAACAAGUAUCAGUUACAUCUGCUAUUUUUAAAGCAGCCCUGGUGGAGUUCUAUAAAAUAUUUUUAAGUGCGGAUAGUGCCUUGAGAUGAAAUAGCUGAACACAGAGUGAACAGGCUGACCAGGCAGUGAGUCAGAAGUUAGCGGUCAACAGUUACUCAAAAUGUGUGGGUGGUGAGGCCAGGGAGAGGGUCAGAACUGUUCAGGCAUGGAGUGGAGUCAUGAGGUGGAAUAUAAACAGAACAAAAUGGAGACUAAUGCGAGUAACUUCUUGAUGGUUGAAGCUGGGCUGUGAGAUUACAGGUUCAAUAACUCAAAGAAAGCAACUUCCAAAUAAGAGACUGCUGACACAUACUGAACAAGUCCUGC